AUGGUGUGCCGUAGUAAUGACGUCGUAAUCCCUGCUUGUCUCAAUGAACCACCGCAUCAAGAUGUUUGUUGAAAAGUAAUAUAAAGACAGCACCCUGCAUCGUACAACGACGAUAUACAGUGUUGAACUAUCCGAAGUUUGUCCGACAUAAUUGCUGGCUCACAAAUAUGACCUCGUCCCAAUAUGCAGACCUCACGAGCUUCAAAGCUCUCAGCUUUGACUGCUAUGGUACCUUGAUAGAUUGGAGGGCCGGGUUCCUUGCCUCCCUGCUCGCGGUGACCUCACAACUUCCGCCAUCACACCCUUUCAAUGAGGACCCGCCGCUGAAGGCAAAACAGCGCUUCGACGAGCUCCUCGCCGAGGUGCAGGAGACACAUCCGCGGUCGCUUUCCAACGAGUUGAUCCCUUUCGCAGUGACGAAGCUGGCCCACGAGCUGGGCAUCGCCGCACUGCCGGACGGGAUCGCCGAGCCGCUCGGCAAUGCCCCCGGGACGUUUGUCGCGUUCCCGGACACGGUGGCCGGUCUGCAGAAGCUCAAGAAGUACUACAAGCUUGCUAUCCUGAGCAACAUUGAUAAUACGAAUAUGAAAAACACCCUCAGGCAGUUGGAAGGAAUCGAGUUUGAUGGGGUUUACACCGCGCAGGAUGUGGGUAGUUACAAGCCAAACAGGAAGAACUUUGAAUACCUCUUCGGUCACAUCAGAAAGGAGCUAGAUGUCGAUCCUGGCAAGGGGGAACAUUUGCAUGUUGCGAGAAGUCUUUAUUACGACCAUGUUCCGUGUAAAAAGUUGGCACAGAAGAGUGCGUGGAUAUCCAGGGAAGCAGACGAAAAUGAACUGAAAAAGUUUGAAGACUCUGUCGCGUUUGAGUGGAGGUUUGAUACGAUUGGGAAAUUUGCAGAUGAAGUCGAACGUCAAUUCCGAGCAAAGGAGUCGUGAUGAAUGGAUGGUGAAUAGGUAGGGUAUGGCUUGGAGAAAGGAAAGUGUUGGUCAAGAAAUCU